AAUAACCCUAAGCAUCCAAAGAAUUCAAAGGUUCCAGAUGAUCCAAAUAACGAUGAUGGUCUAAGUAAACCAAAGGAUAAUCCGAAUGAUCCAAAUAAUGGUGCUAAGACGAAAACUCCUGAUCAACAAAAUCCAGCACCACCGGAUUCAGAAUCACCAGCUCCAGCUCCACCAGCUUCAGAUCCAUCGGCUCCAGCUCCACAUCCACCAGCUUCAGAUCCUUCAGCUCCAGCCCCGAAUCCAAAUCCAACGAAUUCAUCACCAACAUCACCAUCGAUACCAUCAAUGGAUAAUUAUCUAAUAAUGCAUCAUAAUGAUUAUCCGGACUUACACGUACAUAGUGCAAUGAGUUAUCCUGAUGGGCCAAUAAUUUUGAGAUUAUCAAGAAAUAGACCCAAUAAUAACUCGUGUUAUGAUCCAAUUUUAUAUCUGAGAUUAGUUUAUGAUAAUGUUACAGUAAAUUAUAUCAAUUUCACCUUUGAAAUUCCUGAUUAUAAUUUUUGUAUUUAUGGAGGAAAAGAUUUAAUUAGAAUAUUCCCACUUAACAAGGAUCUUGAUAAUGGAUUAAACGAAGGAUUCUUUUUGGUCAGUUACUUACAAAAGACAGAUGGUGAAUUAUAUCAAGAAAAUGGUUUAAUCGUUGAUUGGAAAGGUCAAGUUCACAGUCAAUUGAUAUUGUCCUUUGUAGGAAUAACACAAACGGAUAUAUCGGAAUUAGGUAAAGCGGUAGUAAAUACUAAUCCGCAAAAUGGAUUUAUGUGGGUUAAUCGUAUCAAAAAGGACACUCUACAAUGGACGAACCUUACUUCUCCAGAUAAAGAUGGAAAUGUAAAUGUUAAGGGAAACACGAAGAUGACCAAUAUACCGGAAGGACAUAAAUUCGAAAUAUUUCCAACUUUGGAUGGAGGAUAUGGAUUUAUUACAGUGGGAAAAAAUCCAAAUGUAACAGAAUCACAACCAAAGAUACCACCGGAAUUAUUAGUGGUUCCAUCAUGGAUAGUUAAUGUAAUAUUUAUAAGACCAUAUACGGGAGAAAUAACACAACCAUCAUUGAUUUAUUCAAGAGUUGCACUGGCUAUUGAUAUGAAUAUAGAAUUAUGUGAUAAUAUGUAUGAUUCACCUGGAUUAAUGUGUAUAAUUAGCAUACAACCUAAUGCCGAUGUUAUUAAUUAUGUUAAAAUUGGAUUUUUAUCAAAUGGAAGUACAAAAGAACCAACCAAAUUGGAGAUUGAUACUAAUGCUUAUUCGGUUGAUCGUAUUUAUUCAUUAUAUAAUGGUGGUUACGUUGCUAGCGUUAGACUUAAGGAUACUUUACCAAUAACGUCAACCGGUAUUAUUUAUUAUAGUAAAGGAAAUCUUUUUAGGGAAUGGGAUUGCCCUAGAAUAGUUGGUAAUCUUAUCGUUCCACAGGGUACUUUCCCGAAUAACACUUUCUGGAUGUUUUCUGAUGGUGGUUAUAACGAAGUCAAUGAAACCAAUUCAAAAUCCUUAAUAGAAGAUAAUAAUUCGGGUUGGUCCAUGAUGACUACUAAUAUUCAAAGAUUAGCAAUGCCAUUUGAUAAAGGGUAUAAUAAUUUAAAUGUUAACACAACAUUGCCAGAAAUCGGUGAAACAAUAAAUUUAGGAACAACGUUAUUUAGCAUUACUUAUUAUAAGCCAGUAGUAACAUCAGUGGGUAAUAUAUCAAUAUAUCAAUAUGAUAUAGGCACGGGACAAUUAAUAUUAAAACAAAGUUAUUCUGCAAAUACUCCAUUUGCACUAUUAUCACAAGAUAAAAAAACACUUACAUUAAGUGCGUUAAAUAGUACGUUUAAUAAUCCUGGAAAAAAUUAUACUGUUGUUAUUGAUGACAAUGCUGUUAAAGAUUUGAGUUUUGAAGAACCGUUAUUGGGUAUUUCUCCUAAUUUAUGGAUAUUUUCAACUGAGAGUGUACCGCAACGUCAUAAUUCGCAAGAACAUGCAUUGGUUCGUUUAAUGGGUGAUGCAUCAUUUAAUUUUAAGGAUUUGAGUGAUACACAAAAAUCAAAAUUUGUACAAUCAUUAUUAUCCGAAUUGGCUCAAUGUGUACCGGUACCUCCAAGUAGACUGUAUACUAAUACUCGUUUUCAAUGGGAUCCUGAUGUCGAUUCAAAGCAAAUAUUAUUGAAAUUUAAAAUAUUACCGGGAAAAAAUGAACAAGAUCUGAGCGCCGAAAAUAUUAUUAAUUCUUUAGAUAAUAUGAUUAAAUAUAAAGAUAUUUCUCCUAUCUCUCAUUCAAUACAUACUGCCAUGUUAGAUAGUAAUUAUGGUUUUGUACUUAAAAAGAGUGUAUGGGAUAGAUAUGGAUUCAGUUUAUUCGCGAUUGGCGCAACUUUAUUAUUACUUGGUGUUUUAGCUAUGCUUUCUUAUAAGAAAGAUGACGAUGGAAAUAGUUUUGUUUCAUUCAAAGUAUUGCUGAUUGCUUUGGAUUUUGUGUUGGAUUUUGCUUUCGUUGUAAAACACUCUAGAGAUGUUUAUAUUUUAUAUUUUCCAAGUUUGCUUGCUUUUAUUAUUCCAUUGGGCUUUAAUACGAUAAUAACAUUCUUUAUAUUGAUAAGAGAAUUAUCAAAUAAUAAAGCAUUUUAUACGUGGUUUAGAACUUAUCAUAACGUCGCAGCCAUAUUCACCUUUUGUUCGAUCGUUGAUGUAGAAUCGUUAACCAUGAUAAAUUCCAAAUUAGCUGAUUUGGCUGCCUUUGAUGCUCCAAUUCAUUCUUCUACAGAAACUUGGAUAUUGAUAACAUGUAUCUGGAAUUUCAUUAUUGAAGAUACUCCUCAAUUAGUCAUUCAAAUAUUAUAUAUAUUUCUUUCGGUUAAUUAUGAAAUAAUUCCUUUCUUGAACUUAAUAUCAGCUUCUUUAUUAUGGAUAUGUAUAUUAUGUGGUCGUUCUUAUCAUUUGUUUUUAUAUUAUCAAAAACGUCGUAGAAAUCGACUUGAAAAUUUUGUUGUAGAAUAUACAAACUUAAAUAAUGCAGGUGGGAUUAAUAAUAGGAAUGGAAAUGAUCGUGAAGUUUUUGUCAAUAAUGGUGCUACUGAAAUUAGAAGUGUAGAAUAUGUUUUAUCACCACAUUUGGAAGAAAUAUCACCUGCUACGAUCAGACCACCUUCUUGGUGGUUAAAUACAGGUACUGAAUAUCAACAGCAUAAUCCAAGAAGUGUUACACCUAAUAACGGAGUUACUGAUGAUGUAAAUAAUGUUGGUGGAGAAAAACAAAAUGUUACUAAAACUAAUUAUCAAUUACUAGAAAGAAGAAGUAGUUUAUAUAAUGGAGUAUAUAUUGAUGAAAAUGAAAUUGGUGUUGCUGGUCCGUCUACUAUUUAUAAUAGAAGUGGUGGUGGUGGUAGUACUUCUUAUGAAACGAAUAAUAAUAAUAGUAAUGGACAUGAGGAUGCAAAUAAAAAUGGAAGUAUGAAUUAUAGUGGUUAUGAAAGAAUUUUUAAUAAUGAUCGAACGAGUCAAGAUUUUGGAAAUGGUCGAUAAGUAAAAAAUAAUAAUUAAUAUUAUGAGAAAAGACUAUUGUAAUUUUUUUUUUUUUAUUAUUAAGAAAAAAAUUUGGGCAUUUUUUGUUACAUGGGUUUAUAUUAGGUUGGUAAAGGUUAAUGUAUAAAAACUUUGUAAUUUGAUGAUUUGAUUUCCUCUUUUAUUUUAUUUUAUUUUAUUUUUUUGUAAAAAAUCUCUUUUAUUUAUUUAUUUAUUGUAUUUAUUUUGUGUUAGUCAUAAUUCUUUAAAAAAAAAAGUAAUUAUUUAUUCGUUCGUUG